AUGUGCCACACUCGUCAAAAGCCAGUUGAUGAGAAAAUGCGAAACCUCCUCUUACUGAUUAUGGUAAUAUCAACAGUAUCAGCUUUUACUGUGCUACCAUACAUUCAAAUCGACUAUGCUCACUAUUUUCGUUUGGCACAAUGCCAAGCAAAAUGUACGCAGAAAUAUGGCGUGCUCUCUGAUCGUACUCUUCUCGAUGGAUCUGUAGAAGAGUUCUUAGAUACGAGUAAUGAAGACUGUAAAGCUGUAAGUUGUGCUUACAUGCAGUUCACCAAUUUUUUGGAUUUUUUAUAUGAGGGGUUUAUUUUAGUGUGAAU